AUGGAAGAAAAUCUACCUAGGGGUAGGCAUGGAAAGGCAAUCAAUGCAAAUGCUUCCGCUCGUAGAGAGCUUGCUGCAAAUCAUCCGUCCAAACGAGGUCGUCGCAAAGGACCAACUCCGGGGACAACAUUGGUGGUGCAAGAUGAAUUUGAUGCCGACCAAUUUUUAAAUGCGUGUUUUGAUUAUGAUGAUCUUGGAUCACCACAAGUCUCACCACAAGUCUCACCGCAACACUCACCGCAAGAUGAACCGCAAGACCCACCGCAACAACCACCUCGACAACAACGGCGCAAACCAGUACGCCGACCACCACCAAAGUGUUCACGUAAUGAUGAUGAAGUAGGUUUUGGAGGAGGACCGACGGAUUUGUCCUUGUUAACAGAGUACGAUAAGCAUAUGGCUCUUCCGAUAUGGUAUGCAGACCCAAAUGACAAAGAGAUUUUAGCGGUAAAUUUACGUUGCAUCGCCAGCGGAAAAAAAGUUAUUAAUAUACAAAAACCGUCCCGCCGCACGGACAGGUGGUUUUGGGAUGUAGUUGAAGCAUCGGGUUUGGAGCCGCUUACCCGGACUAAUUUUAGCGUGCUUGACUACGGGCUCCUCUGGGCAUUUGUUGAAAGAUGGCAUUCGGAGACGAGUUCAUUCCACAUUCUAUUGGGUGAGCUGGCCAUCACAUUGGACGAUGUCCAAUGUCUAUUGCAUAUUCCGAUCGAGGGAAAGUUUUUGAACCAUGGCAAAAUGUCGAGGGAUGAAGCGGCUGACAUGUGUUAA